UAUUGAUGAGCCCACCUCCUACGACAACAUGGUUCCCUAUUCGAGCCCAGUAUCCCAUCUUUUCAUUGCCCAUUGAGGUGCCGACGCCCCAUAGACCAGUCGGCAAGCGGAAACCACCCAUCCAUCUCGCGCCCUUGGCCCCACCCUCUGAUAUCUCCAAGUCUGCUGUGGUAAUAUUCAUUCACAGCCUCUACGAUGAUGCCGAGGGAGUCGAGCCCGUGGUUCGUCAGUUACAAGCUGCCACAAACCAGCCUCAUAUAGCCUGGAAUAUACCCAAUGCAACCGAGGGCGACUAUCUGACAUUGGCCUGGUUUGCGCCUCGGAGACUGACAUGUACCCGUCCAUCGCGCCCUGAAGAAGAAUACGAGGACGAAGUGGGCCUCAUGAUGAGCGUAGGUUACGUUGAAUCUCUGAUCGAUCAAAUCGUGGCGACUGGCGUCCCGGCAAAUCGCAUCGUUUUGGGAGGCUUUUCCCAGGGCCACGCAGUUGCAUUGCUCACAGGUCUCGUGUCCAAGUACGCCGGAAAGCUGGCUGGGUUAUUCGGCAUGGCUGGCUAUGUUCCUCUGGCGGGAAAGAUUGCCCAACUGCGAAUGGAGGCUGGAUUGCCGGAGAAGACGGACAACAAUGUGGCCAUGUUUCUUUUGAGAGGCUCAAGAGAUACGAUUGUGCCGCAACGCUACGUAACCCUGUACUCCAAGGUGUUGAAGGACAUUGGCGUCAAACCAGAGAACUCUCUGAUUCGAGAGUACGAAGGCUUAGGCCAUGCAAUCAGGAGUGACGAGAUUGAACACAUUGGUCAAUGGUUAGAACAAGUGGUGCCGCCUUUAGAGUGCAUUCGUAGCGAGGGGCCCAGCGAACAAACAACGAUUGACCCGGCCCUCCUCGACAAAAGCGCUGAAGAAUGA